AGGAGCCGUCGCCGCCAUUUCAAGACCGUGAGAGGUAGCUGGCCAACCAGAGCUCUUAAGGUUCGAAGCCUGUACCCGCUGCCGCCACUCGAGCCUGCCAAAGCGCUUGGUACAGCUGCUGCCCUCUCACUACUACCUCUAGAAACAGUCUUGCCAGUAGUGGCGGCAGCGAGACCCAAUCACCCCCUUCUCGCCCAUCCUCAAGAAGCUCCAGAUGGCGUCUUCCGUGGGCAACGUGGCCGAUAGCACAGAACCAACGAAACGUAUGCUUUCCUUCCAAGGGUUAGCUGAGUUGGCACAUCGGGAAUAUCAGGCAGGAGAUUUUGAGGCAGCUGAGAGACACUGCAUGCAGCUGUGGAGACAAGAGCCAGACAAUACUGGUGUGCUUUUAUUACUUUCAUCUAUCCACUUCCAGUGUCGAAGGCUGGACAGAUCUGCUCACUUUAGCACUCUGGCAAUUAAACAGAACCCUCUUCUGGCAGAAGCCUAUUCGAAUUUGGGGAAUGUGUACAAGGAAAGAGGACAGUUGCAGGAAGCAAUUGAGCAUUACCGGCAUGCAUUGCGUCUCAAACCUGAUUUCAUCGAUGGUUAUAUUAACCUGGCAGCCGCAUUGGUAGCAGCAGGUGACAUGGAAGGAGCAGUACAAGCUUACGUCUCUGCUCUUCAGUACAAUCCUGAUUUGUACUGUGUUCGCAGUGACCUGGGGAACCUGCUCAAAGCCCUGGGUCGCUUGGAAGAAGCCAAGGCGUGUUAUUUGAAAGCAAUUGAGACGCAACCGAACUUUGCAGUAGCUUGGAGUAAUCUUGGCUGUGUUUUCAAUGCACAAGGGGAAAUUUGGCUUGCAAUUCAUCACUUUGAAAAGGCUGUCACACUUGAUCCCAAUUUCCUGGAUGCUUAUAUUAAUUUAGGAAAUGUCUUGAAAGAAGCACGGAUUUUUGACAGAGCUGUGGCAGCUUACCUUCGUGCCCUGAGCCUGAGCCCCAAUCACGCGGUGGUGCAUGGCAACCUGGCUUGUGUAUACUACGAGCAGGGCCUGAUCGAUCUGGCGAUCGACACCUACAGGCGAGCUAUUGAACUGCAGCCACAUUUCCCCGAUGCUUACUGCAACCUCGCCAACGCGCUCAAAGAGAAGGGCAGUGUUGCCGAAGCGGAAGACUGUUACAAUACAGCUCUCCGACUAUGUCCCACCCAUGCAGACUCGCUGAAUAACCUCGCCAAUAUCAAACGAGAACAGGGGAACAUUGAGGAGGCAGUCCGCUUGUAUCGCAAAGCAUUAGAAGUCUUCCCAGAAUUUGCUGCUGCCCAUUCAAAUCUAGCAAGUGUACUGCAACAGCAGGGGAAACUGCAGGAAGCCCUGAUGCAUUAUAAGGAGGCUAUUCGAAUCAGCCCCACCUUUGCUGACGCCUACUCUAACAUGGGGAACACGCUAAAGGAGAUGCAGGAUGUCCAGGGGGCCUUGCAGUGCUACACUCGUGCCAUUCAGAUUAACCCUGCGUUUGCAGAUGCCCACAGCAAUCUGGCUUCCAUUCACAAGGAUUCAGGGAAUAUUCCAGAAGCAAUAGCUUCUUACCGCACUGCUCUGAAACUUAAACCUGAUUUUCCUGAUGCUUAUUGUAACUUGGCUCAUUGCCUGCAGAUUGUCUGUGAUUGGACAGACUAUGAUGAGCGAAUGAAGAAGUUGGUCAGUAUCGUGGCUGACCAGUUAGAGAAGAAUAGGUUGCCCUCUGUGCAUCCUCACCAUAGCAUGCUGUAUCCUCUUUCUCAUGGCUUCAGGAAGGCUAUUGCUGAGAGGCAUGGGAACCUCUGCUUAGAUAAGAUUAAUGUCCUUCAUAAGCCACCAUAUGAACAUCCAAAAGACUUGAAGCUCAGUGAUGGUCGACUGCGGGUAGGAUAUGUGAGUUCUGACUUUGGGAAUCAUCCUACUUCUCACCUUAUGCAGUCUAUCCCUGGCAUGCACAAUCCUGAUAAAUUUGAGGUAUUCUGUUAUGCCCUGAGCCCAGAUGAUGGCACAAACUUCCGAGUGAAGGUGAUGGCAGAAGCCAAUCAUUUCAUUGAUCUUUCUCAGAUUCCAUGCAAUGGAAAAGCAGCCGAUCGCAUCCAUCAGGAUGGCAUACACAUCCUUGUAAAUAUGAAUGGUUAUACCAAGGGUGCUCGAAAUGAACUCUUUGCUCUCAGGCCAGCUCCUAUUCAGGCAAUGUGGCUGGGAUACCCUGGGACUAGUGGUGCACUUUUCAUGGAUUAUAUCAUCACUGAUCAGGAAACUUCACCGGCUGAAGUUGCUGAGCAAUAUUCUGAGAAACUGGCUUAUAUGCCCCACACUUUCUUUAUCGGUGAUCAUGCCAAUAUGUUCCCUCAUCUGAAGAAAAAGGCAGUCAUCGAUUUUAAGUCCAAUGGACACAUUUAUGACAAUCGGAUUGUUCUGAAUGGCAUCGACCUCAAAGCAUUUCUUGAUAGUCUCCCAGAUGUGAAAAUUGUUAAGAUGAAAUGUCCUGAUGGAGGAGACAAUGCAGACAGCAGUAGUACAGCUCUUAAUAUGCCAGUUAUUCCUAUGAAUACUAUUGCAGAAGCAGUUAUUGAAAUGAUUAACAGAGGACAAAUUCAGAUAACAAUUAAUGGAUUCAGUAUUAGCAAUGGACUGGCAACUACCCAGAUCAACAAUAAGGCUGCCACUGGAGAGGAGGUUCCCCGUACCAUUAUUGUGACCACGCGUUCUCAGUACGGGUUACCCGAAGAUGCUAUUGUGUACUGUAACUUCAAUCAGUUAUAUAAAAUUGACCCUUCUACUUUGCAGAUGUGGGCAAAUAUUCUGAAGCGAGUCCCUAAUAGUGUGCUGUGGCUGUUGCGUUUCCCAGCCGUAGGAGAACCCAAUAUUCAACAGUAUGCACAAAACAUGGGCCUUCCCCAGAACCGGAUCAUUUUUUCACCUGUUGCUCCUAAAGAGGAACAUGUCAGGAGGGGCCAGCUGGCUGAUGUCUGCCUGGACACCCCACUCUGUAAUGGGCACACCACAGGGAUGGAUGUCCUCUGGGCGGGGACACCCAUGGUGACUAUGCCAGGAGAGACUCUUGCUUCUCGAGUUGCGGCUUCCCAGCUCACUUGUUUAGGUUGUCUUGAGCUUAUUGCUAAAAACAGACAAGAAUAUGAAGACAUAGCUGUGAAACUGGGAACUGAUCUAGAAUACCUGAAGAAGAUUCGUGGCAAAGUCUGGAAGCAGAGAAUAUCUAGCCCUCUGUUCAACACCAAACAGUACACAAUGGAACUGGAGCGGCUGUACCUACAGAUGUGGGAGCACUAUGCUGCUGGCAACAAACCUGACCAUAUGAUUAAGCCCGUUGAAGUCACUGAGUCCGCCUAAAGAAAAGCUAUGCACGGGAGAAGUACCCCUGUACCUGAGCCUCAGGCUUCUGGGGAAAGGGAACUGAUGAUGUACUUUUUACUUGUCUGGACAGUACCGUGUUGCAGAUGGGUGACAGAAUGAAAAUAGAAUAGCACAGCCAGACUUGCUUCCUGCAUGAUAGGGAAAGAUGCAAGAGAUGGGAAACUGCUGUUGCACAAGAAUCGCCAUAGAAUUCAUUGUCAGCAGCCAGGCGAUGCAGAGGUCUGGAAGGUCUGCUCUCUCUACUCUUCCAUGGGAUGGUCAAUACGGAGGGAGACUGAGAUUGUCCAGCCAUUGUAUGAUUCCAAUGGAUUGAUUGAAUCUUCUGAAUUAAUUCUUUUCUUUAUAUUUGGGGUAUUGGAACUUUUAAAAAUGUUUGGUUUCAGGUGUUUUUAUUCAUGUGGAGUGUAUAUGAUUCUCUUCAGAUAAGGUUUUAACCUAAAGUGUCGCUCCUUUAGUUUCUGAACUCGACCGAUUAAUGGGGACUUUGCUGGUGUAGUCUUUUUAUAGGUUUUAUAAACCACUUGAGCCUAUAUCAGUUGUUUUAGUGUCUGACCUAAUGUUUGGAGCUAUCAGUGCUUUGUUGGUGAUGAUUCAGAAUUGUUUCCUGGUCCAUUUCCUUCUCUUCCCCUCCCCCGACUUUAAAAAUUCUCCUGGAACUCAGCUAACAAAACCCAGUCGGAUACAGAACAUCCCAGAGUGUUUCUCUAAAACACAUCAUCUGGUGCCAAAUGAAAAUUCUUAGGAAUGAUUAUUAAUUAUGAAGGGCACAGUUGUGGUACUGUCAUUGAUGAUAAUAGAGAUUUUUUUGGCCUAGUUUUGACCUAUUUCACCAGUGUUUGACCUUCAACUGCCCAUCUAUGCUGCUUCCAGAAGAGAUAGUAUGUGAUAAGAUUUUUACCUUCCUUUCUAAGGUUUGUUUUUUAAAGUGAGUCCUGUUCUUCCUAUUUCUGUCAGCAGAAAUGAAAUCCCAGGUAAGUAUUCAAAUAUUUGAUCAUAAGUCACAAUUAGUGUGAAUACAUUAAGUAACUUUCAUCAAAAAGCAUGUUCUAGGUAAAAAGCUCUGAAGGACCAGCUAUGUAUAUGAGUAAUUUUUUCAGACCUUAUAGGGUAUUUUAUAAUAACUGUCUUCUGGACGUGGUCUUGAAGUCUAUGGACUCGGCCGCAGUAGUAGCACCCUGUACUGCUGCUAGGUUUGGAGUACAAAUUAGACUUGAGCCCUCCUGGAGCUUGAGUUCUUGGUAUUAAAAACCAUAGGAAUAAAAUUACUGAAUUUCAGCAAAGGAUUGAGGGCUUGAGGCUUAAACAGGCCAACAUAUGACUGUGUGUUUGUCUUGCUGUACUGCACUUAUGCUAUCCAGUAACAGGUCAUUUUUUGUCUGCUAGUAGUGUUCUAGAUUAUACCGUCUUUCCAAAGCACUGAGGCACUGCACCUAUUCUGUAGUUGCGGCUGAUGCCUGAAUGUACCCUAGCUGACAAAUUAUUGAUUAAUAAGAACUUGAAUUUCUGAGAGGUUCUUAUUACUGUUAACCAAAACUUGAGCAAGGAGGCUCAAAUGUAAUUCUUAGCCAGAAUUACAUGGUAAUGAACUGUGUACUUUUUAAUGAUGUAAAUCAUGGAACAUCAGUUUAAGGAUUUCUUAAUUUAUUUUUACCUGAUUAAAAUAUCAAUUAAAGGUUGUCAGCAUGGUUGCAGGUAAACUGAUGUUUGAAAUUCACCAAACGACUUAAUGUGGAAUAGGAUAAUAUACUUCUAGUGCCCUCAAGGCUGUGACCUUACAGCCAUUUUACAUAGCACAUCAUUCCUCCUAUAGGGAUGAACUUUUCCUGGCACGAGAAGUAGCCGCUCUGGAUAAAGCUUUGCUUAUUGUAACAGGCUUUUGUUUCCAGGUAACAUGUCUGUGGAAGACUUAAUUCUGAAUAGAGAUAUAGCUAUUACUGGAGACUAAUUGUUUAUUAUACGCUGCUUUAUCAAAAAAGUAAAACAUUUAAAUUGUGCUACAGAAAUCCAGAUGUUGUCUUGCGAUCUUUAAACAAUAAAUGAAUGAUUUGCCCUUAA